AUGAACAUGGUGGAGCAGAUGUUGGACACGGCAAGUCUGCGGACCAAGAAGAAGCAGCGAACCCAACAGGCACGGAGGUACGGGUUCGCCUGCUCAAAUUGCAGAAGGAAAAAAGCACGAUGCAAUGGAGCCACGCCGGCGUGCGACAAAUGCGUUGCAUCUCGGGAAACGUGUGAAUAUGACAGAGGGCCUUCGGUAGCAUAUGCAGCCUCUCUGGAGAAACGACUCAAGGCAUUUGAAGAAAGAUUCGAAAAGCUACGUCAAAGUAGCGCUGUCGAAGACCGUGACGCUCUGAUUCAAGAACCGUUUGAAGAUGUCAAGCCAGAACGGGCGCGGGCCCCAUUGUCCCUGACGACCGGUCUCGAAAGGCAAGACAAUGAGGCGCAGGAGCAUGAAGCACUAUCAUCUCCGUCUCCCGCACCCCAGAAUGAGCCGCCUGUCGAGACUUCCAUAGGUGCAGACGGCCGCAUCUGUUUCUAUGGCAAGACAAGUCAUUACCAUGUCGAUCCCCAGGAUGAUGGCAAAAGAGAAGACCUGUUGCCUGAGGGCGACGAGCAGCAAGCGCUGAACAUGGGCGUGUCAACCGCUUCAGCCAUUUAUACCACGCCAGAACUCCAUCUGUUUGUUGACGCAGUGCCGCAGCUUCUGUCGGAGAUAUCCGCCGAGCUGUUGGAUCAUUUCUUGGAUGCGUACUGGUGUUGGUCCCAUCACCUACAUCUAGUGCUAAACAAACGGUUGUUUUUGCGAGACUUAUACACUUCCGGCCCUUCAGUGACCCCUUUUCUGAUCAGCGCUAUCCUCGCGCAAGCCGCACGAUAUUCCACUAGGCCCCAGGCCUCUCAUCUUGGAGAUCAUUUUGCUGGCCGAGCCUUGCACUUGCUUCCAAACGACAUCGACAAGGGCAGCUCUAUUCCUACUAUCCAAGGGUUGCUCAUACUUUCAGCCCGAGAAUGCGCCUGUGGGAGAAUCUCGCAAGGAUGGCUCUACUCCGGUAUGGCCUUUCGGAUGAUGCGUGAUCUCGGGAUCCACAUUGAACCUAGGAAGAUGGGAUAUCUUUCGCGGCAAUUUUCGGAGGAGGAUCUCGCUCUGCGCCAGCAAGUGUUCUGGAGCUGCUUCACCUGGGACAAGACUAUGAGUCUCUGUCUGGGCAGAGCGCCUAUCAUCCAUGACACGAUUGAUGUCCCGUCUAGAGAGAGCUUGCUCGACGGUGCUGAAACGGACGAAGAGGAGUGGGUUCCGGUCCUCGGUAAAGAGACAGACUCAACGCCGAGCUUCAUUGAGCAGAAGUCUCUUGGGAGUGCACGCUUUGCUGCAUAUUGUAGGUUAUGCACAAUCAUCGAUGGUGUGUUGGAUGGUCUUUACUGCCGGCCUCAUCAGUCCAGGCGAGACCAUCUCCUUGCGUUUCUUGAUAGCACAAUCAGGAAGCUCGAACAGUGGUCGACCAGUCUCCCUCGGGGCCUCUUCAUGUCACCGGAUAGCAGAGUCGUUCUCUGCCCCCCAAUCCACAUCUUGCUCCUCAAUCUCACAUAUCACGCCACCGUGAUCCUCCUAUGUCGACCGUACCGAAAUAUAUCGCUUCAAGCAAAGGAAUUGUGCACCAAAGCCGCACAAAUGAUCGAUACGCUCUUCACAUUGCAUGUUCGGCGAUUUGGGUUCCGGUUCAUUACAUACCUCCAAACGUAUACCAUGUUCGUGGCAUGCACGAUAAACGUCUUGGAUUUGAAGGAAAACGAGUCCAAUAGUCGGGAUGCAAAUGGGACAGCCUCUCGAGAGAAAUGCUUCGCUCUCGCUCAGGAAGCAAGUGUAAGAUUGAACUUUGGACUUGAAGUCCUGCGACAGGCGGGCGCCACACCCUCGGCAGCAAGGUGUGCUGCAGUCAUUGUACAGCUUCUCCGACAAUGGUCGAACAAGCAGGUGGAGUCGACGGUGCGCAGCCAGCGACAACGGCGGCCUUCUGAACACAUCUCAUCGCCACAUUCGAGACGGCAAGCGAGCAUAUGCCUACCACAGGCAGGGAAUGUCUCACACGGAAAUGUGGCCGGGUCAGGACACCCCAACCAGAGCUUUCAGCACAAUGCACACUUUAGAAACGAUUUGCUGCCUACGUCAACCCCAGGCGGUGCCGGUGAUAACGUCCUAUUUCCUGCGCUUGAAUCAACGCCAGCAUAUGCACAAGCACAUGGGCAAACGAUCAACGCGCAGUCCUCCCCUGACAUGUCCAACCCGAUGACUCUUGGGUUCGGCAGCAGCGGUGGUCUUCAAUCGCUUCGAUCAAGCAACAGUCCCUACGCUAACGCGCAUAUGCCAAACUUUGCCAAUCCGGGCAUUGAGACUCCCAUGCGGUGGUUGCCUGACAAUAUCCAAGACGACGGCAGCUGGAUGUUGAUGAUGGAUUUUGGGGACACCGUUAGCUUGUAG